CAUGUGUCACGAUUACUAAUUGUUCAUCAUCCCCUUGUCCAUCUCAAUUCAAAGCUGUGCUCUCCAAUCCCUCUGAUUAUUGAAUCAGCUAGCUAGCAGAACAAACAGUCAUAUUCAUUAUCUCUAUUUGCUCUAUACUAUGGAAUUGAGCUUAGCAGAUACGUUGGUGAAGGUAGCCCUGUUUUUCUUGGUUCAGGGUUUGGUGUAUCUCAUCCUCUCCAAGUCAUCAAACAUCUUCUCCUCCAAAGCCAACAUGACGAGAUCCCAUAGCUUCAAACCAGCUCGCUCUGUAAGUAUUCGUCGGAUGUUCGCCACUCUUGCCGACUUACCCGCCGGUGGUGAGCUCUCUCCUUCAUCCAGGGACCUGCGUUCGCCCGAUUACCAACAAAAUUCAAACUCCAGCCUACAUCUCAACGGAACAACUCCUAAUUAGUUUCUGUUUCAUUAUUCUACGUACAAGAUUGUUAAAUUGCGCGCUUAGUCUCAUCAUUUGCUUGUAUAUGUACGUUGGUGAGCUACUUUGUUGAGAGUUAUAUUCGUUUCUUCUUUAAUUGAUUUAUGAGUGCAUUUUUUCUUCUUAUUCUUCUUUCUUUGAGAGAUAGGGUAUGUAGAUGUAAGCCGGCCUAUUCGUUCACUGAACAAUUGUUACCAAGAGCAGAUCGAGUCAAAUGAAAAUGAUUCAAUUGAUUGAUCAA